AUUAGUAGCAGGAGUUUUCUCGAAUAUGCGCACAUUUGUUUGCCUCGCCCUGGCGACCAUCCUCCUGGUCGCCGGCUCCUCAGCUGCCACAUAUGAUCCUGUGGCGGCGCAACUUCUGGAUGUGGAUGCUGGUGUCCAGGCUCCGGCGGCAGCACGGCAAGUUCGUCAGUUCGGCGGUGGCUUCGGUGGUCCGGGAGGCGGCUUCGGAGGAGGUCCAGGAGGCGGCUUCGGAGGCGGUGGUUUUGGAGGUCCAGGAGGCGGCUUUGGAGGAGGUCCAGGAGGCGGCUUUGGAGGUGGUCCAGGAGGCGGCUUCGGAGGCGGUGGUUUUGGAGGACGUCCAGGAGGCGGUUUCGGAGGACCAGGAGGCGGCUUCGGAGGUCCGGGGGGCGGCUUCGGAGGCUUCCGAGGCUAACAAACAUCUGUGACUGACUUAGCAUAACCCGCUAGAAAUAGACUUUGUAAUCAAAGUGCAAUGAAGUACGCUCUAAUUAAGU